AUAAUUAAUAAUUCAUUAUUAUCAUUUGAAUGGAGUUUUGACCACACAACAGAGGAUGAACGUUUUCAUUGCUUGACAAAGUAUCCGCCUGUUUUACCGGAUAUCGGUAAACUUAACAAAGUACUUGUCAUGACAAAAUAUCCGCCAUUGCUUUAUAAAUUGGCUAUAUUCUUAGCAAAAAUUAACUGUUUUCAUUUGAAAACUUCAACAAAUAGGAGAUCUAUGAUUACUAGAUUGCACAUCAAUACCCUCAGUAUAUCCUUAACUUCUUCCCGAAUGUCCCGCCAUUGCAAAACUCUUAACGGUGUUUAUAGCUUAAACUAUAGUGAAAAUAAUACAAGUUUAGAAUGUGACUUUACAACAAAAAUCAGAUCCUAUUCAGACUAG